UUCCGAGGUGGGGGUUAUAAUCUCAACCAUGGAUGAGGAUUCAGAGGACGGGGAAGAUGAAGAGGAGGAAGAGGAGGAAGAGCUUGCAGAGAGCACACAGCACUUCAUUCUCCCCAACAGCCAGGAGCUUUUUGUGACCCAGACGGAAUUACCCUCCCAAGCCACUAGCCCAGAGAGUGAAGCCAUGGAAGCGACCUCUGCUGCACAUUUUUCAAGCCUCCCUACUUCAUCUCGAAGGCUAGCUCAGAUAAGGCGGAGGAAGAAGAGGACACGAGAUGAAAUGUUCUCAGAAAUCAUGGAAGUAACCCGCAAUGAAAGAGCUCAUCUGAGGGAGUGGAAGGACGUGGUAGCAAAAUACAGGAAAGAUGCCAGUGAACGUGAGGACAGGAGGGACCAACGUGAGGACAGGAGGGACCAAUGUGAGGAUAGGAGAGAUGCUCAAGAUGAGAGGUGGCGGCAGGAAGAUCAGAGGUGGCGGGAUGCAACGCUGGAGCUGCUCCGUGAUCAAACUGACAUCCUCCGACGUCUGGUGGAUCUUCAGGAGGAGCAGCGGGGUCACAAAGUGCCGCUGCAGCCCAUGUUUAACCACCCUCAGUACUCACCAUGUUCCAUAUCUUCCACACCCAGACAUGUAAGAAUGCGUGGGGGAAGGCUUUCUGCACCCGCCCACUCCACCCCCGUGGACAGUCCAACCAAAAGGCUGUCAUUACACUGAAAUGUCCUUAAUGGUCUUUUUCUUCCCUCCUAUCCUCCUCCCAAACCA